AUGUGUAUCAAAGGUGUAAAUUUGAUUACAUUUGACGCUACUAAUACAUUGCUUAGAUUUCGUAUACAUCCUUGGCAGUAUUACUCAAUUGUCGCUCGCGAUUAUGGGUUCAAAGGUUCUGAAAACGAUCUAAAACCCCGUUUGCUUGAAAACUAUAAAGCUGUGUGGAAUGAAUAUCCAAACUUUGGUAAAGGCCUUAUUUCAUGGGAAGACUGGUGGAGCCAUGUUGUAAAAAGAACAUUUAAAGGACAGCUCCCAAAAAGUGCUGAUGUAAAUCGUCUUUGCGAUAAACUCAUAAAUGAUUUCAAAACAACAAAAUGUUGGCGUUUAGCAGAUGGAGCUGACAAAAUACUUAACAUGUUAAGAAAUCAAGGUAUUUCUUUAGGAGUUAUUUCCAAUUUUGAUCCUCGACUCGUUGAGAUAUUACAGAAUAUGCAAAUAUACAAUAAAUUUCAUUUUGUCCUAACAUCUUUUGAUAUUGGAUAUCCAAAACCAAAUAGAAAAAUGUUUGACCGUGCAUCAAUAGCAUGUGAAAAUGUUCAUCCUAGAGCUUGUCUUCACAUAGGAGAUGACAUUGAGAAAGAUUAUAAAGCAGCUAGAAGUGCAGGGUGGCAUGCUUUACUAGUAACAAAUCAAAAGUUAAAAGAUAACUCAAUUGUAGCAAAACAUAUAUUUGUAAACUUAGAUGAAUUACAUGAUGCUAUCUGUAAUGAUAAAGUUAAACUGUAA